CUUCAUUCUUCCCCCCAUGACUUACCUUGCUCCAAGCAAAGCUAUCGUCACACCAGAACAACUCGAGGCUUGGAAACAGUCCGAAACUCACGAGCGGAUUCUAUCCUAUGUUACUACACUCAACGAUGCAGUAGUCGGCGUCAAGCUUGACGACGAAUGCCCGCGAUCCCCUGGCGUUCAUCGUGUCCUUGAACUCCUCGACGCCAUUGAACAGCUGGCUAAGGAUACUCCACCGAUCGACAAUGCCUCUUCGCGCUUUGGUAAUCCAGCCUUCCGUACGUUCUACGACAAAGUCGGCGAACGUGCCCCCGAGUUAUUGGCCACCGUUGGCGUACCCGCGGACGCUGUCCCUGAGGUCGCCACGUAUCUCGGGGAGAGUUGGGGCAACCGUUUGCGCAUCGACUAUGGCAGCGGGAUGGAGCUCAACUUCGUUUGCUUUCUCAUUUGCCUGGAGCAACUUGGGAUUGUCGCUCCAGAGGACCACCGCAGUCUGGUGAUCGUCGUGUUCUGGCGAUACAUUCAGAUCAUGCGCGUACUCCAGAGCACGUAUUGGCUGGAGCCGGCGGGAUCGCAUGGCGUGUGGGGGUUGGACGACUACCACUUUUUACCAUUCCUGUUUGGCUCGGCGCAGUUGAAAGGGCACAAGUUCAUCCGCCCGAAAGCCAUUCAUGACCCCGAGAUCGUGGAGGAGUACGCCAAGCAUUACAUGUACUUCGCUUGCAUCCAGUUCAUCAACUCUAUCAAGACUGCAUCUCUCCGCUGGCAUUCCCCCAUGCUGGACGAUAUCUCCGCCGUCAAGACUUGGGAGAAGAUCAACUCCGGCAUGAUCAAGAUGUACCAAGCUGAAGUACUGCACAAACUGCCCGUCAUUCAGCACUUCCUCUUCGGCAGCAUACUGCCCUGCCCCGAGACUGUUCGCGCCUUGGCACCGAAGGAGGGCGAGGGCGCCGAGGACGAGCAUGGCCACGUCCAUGCGAAAGGCGAGGCGGGUUGGGCUAUGGACUGCUGCGGUAUCCCAGUGCCGUCGGCGUUCGCGGCAGCACAGCAGGACAGGGAAAAGGGGAAGGGCAUCGCCAGUCUGGGUGUGCAGGGCGCGCGGUUGGUCCCCUUCGAUUGAGGACGGGUCGUGAGCCGACGGACGACGAGGUCAGCGUAUGCUUCGCUUGUAAUGCCAGUGUCACUGUAUAGUACCAUAACCGCAAUGUAUAACAUCAGCAUCCUACGCAGCUGCAAUGUAAAGAAGUUGAACAGGA